UUCUAUGUAAACUGUCAAACUGUCAAGAGUCCAAGACUGUCAACAUUUGCAACAGGAGAAGGUUGAGCGUUCAUCAUCACCAUGGCAACCAAAGCAUUGGUUUUAUUACUGGCAAUCCAGGUCCUAGCUGCGACUCAUUUUGCCAGUGGUGUCAAUGGCCAAGACAGGAUGAAAUGGUUCAGGGCAAUCUUGGCGAAGGUUGACACUUAUUUUAACAGCCAGGAUGCCAAUACCCAAAGCACCGUCUCUCUACCUUGUGAGUUUCUGAAUGCGUAUGCCCUACCCGGCGGAUCAAUAGAUGUCAAGAAAGGAUCGGUGGACAUACGCUGCGAGGUUGGAAAACAACUAAACAUCGAUUCACCCUCGACUAAGUGCACCUAUUUAGGCAUUAGCCCCAGCAAAAAAAGCAAGCGCAGUGCUCGCAGUAACGAAAGGCAAAAACGAGACGGCAACAACAACCAGUUUAGCAGCUCCGAGAUGAGACAGUUGACUGCACGUUUUGGUUCGAAGCUGCCAAAAUGCGUCGAUAUCCCAGGUUACACGGGCUGCUAUGAAAACACGUUCGACUUGGACGCCGUACUGAAUUAUAUGAACUUUGCCUACCACCCGUCCUCUGCCGCUGACUGUGUCCAUUUCUGUGGUAACAAUGGGUUUACUCUUGCUGGAGUUUACCAGCACGACGAAGGCAGUGAUGAAAAGGACCGGUGUAGAUGUGGAACAGGACAGUUCCCAGGAAAUGCUGAGACUUCCAAGAAUUGUGACAGACUUUGUUUGAAAGACAAAAGUCAAAUAUGUGGAGGGAAUAAAGAAUUCGCAGUUUUUGAAGUUGGGCCGUAUAUGGCUGUGUAUGGUCCUAAGACCACACCAACCACAGAACAACCAACAACCAGGAGUACCACGGAGAAACUGCUUACAACCACCACCCCUGAACCCACCACAACCAGUUCAACCACCACAACCCCUGAACCCACCACAACCAGUUCAACCACCACAACCCCUGAACCCACCACAACCACCGUUACAACCACAGCCAAGACAACCACUGAGAAACUGGUUACUCCCGAUCCCUCCAAUGUCACAAACACAACGCCACCUCCAAAGGAUACUCAAUAA